CAUGGCGCGCGCGGCGGGGCCCGAGCGGCGGCUCCUGGCCAUCUACACGGGCGGUACCAUCGGAAUGCGGAGCCAGAGCGGCGUGCUGGUCCCCGGGAAGGGCCUGGCCGCUGUCCUGAGGGCACUGCCCAUGUUCCAUGACGAGGAGCACGCCCGGGCCCGUGGCCUCCCCGAGGACACCCUGGUGCUGCCGCCGGCCAGCCCCGAGCAGAGGGUCAUCUACACGGUGCUAGAGUGCCAGCCCCUCUUCGACUCCAGCGACAUGACCAUCACGGAGUGGGUCCAGAUCGCCCAGACCAUCGAGAGCCACUACGAGCAGUACGACGGCUUCGUGGUCAUCCACGGCACCGACACCAUGGCCUUCGCCGCCUCCGUGCUUGCGUUUGUGCUGGAGAACCUGCAGAAGACCGUAGUCCUCACCGGAGCCCAGGUGCCCAUCCACAAGCUGUGGAACGACGGCCGGGAGAACCUGCUGGGUGCCCUGCUCAUGGCUGGCCAGUACGUGAUCCCCGAGGUCUGCCUGUUCUUCCAGAACCAGCUGUUCCGGGGCACCCGCGUGACCAAGGUGGACACACGCGGGUUUUCGGCCUUCUGCUCCCCGAACCUGCCGCCUCUGGCCAUCGUGGGCACUGACGUCAUGAUCAACCGGGAGCUGGUGCGGAAGGCCAGCGGGAAGGACCGGCUGGUGGUGCACAGCAGCAUGGAGCGGGACGUGGGCCUGCUGCGGCUCUACCCCGGGAUCCCCGCCUCCCUGGUGCGGGCCUUCCUGCAGCCUCCCCUGAAGGGCGUGGUGAUGGAGACCUUCGGCUCCGGGAACGGGCCCACCAAGCCCGACCUGCUGCAGGAGCUGCAGACGGCCUCCCAGCGAGGCCUCCUCAUCCUCAACUGCUCCCACUGUCUGCAGGGCGCCGUGACCUUGGACUACGCCACCGGCAUGGUGGCGGCGGGCACGGGCGUCAUCUCGGGCUUCGACAUGACGUCCGAGGCUGCCCUGGCCAAGCUGUCCUACGUGCUGGGCCAGCCCGGGCUGAGCCUGGACCAGCGGAAGGAGCUCCUGGCCAGGGACCUUCGUGGAGAGAUGUCGCUGCCCAUGACGGACGAGGGCCCUCCCUCCCUUCGGAGGAGCUCGCAGGGACUCGGGGUGGCCCAGCUCCUCAGGCUGAGCCAGGAGACCGAUGCUGUUCGGGACGCCCUGGCACCCAGGCUGGCCUGUGCCGCGGCCCAUGCCGGCGACCUGGAGGCCCUGCGGGCCCUUGCAGACCUAGGCAGUGACCUGAGCCUGCAGGACUUUAAUGGUCAAACUCCGCUGCACGUGGCUGCCCGGAGAGGCCACGCUGGCGCGGUCACCAUGCUGCUGCAGAGGGGGGCGGACCCGGGUGCCCGGGACGAGGAUGGCUUCAGCCCGCUGCUGCUGGCCGUGCGGGGCAGGCACCUGGGUGUCAUCGGGCUCCUGCGGGCAGCCGGGGCCUGCCUGUCCCCCCAGGAGCUGGAGGACGCGGGGACGGAGCUGUGCAGGCUGGCCUCCAGGGCGGACGGCGAGGGUCUGCGGGCGUGGUGGCAGGCGGGCGCCGACCUGAGGCAGCCGGGCUACGACGGGCGCAGCGCCCUGCUCGUCGCAGAAGCCGCUGGGAACCUGGAAGUGGUGGCCCUUCUGCAGAGUCUCCAGGGUGGGGCUCCGGAAGUGCUGCCUGGUGUCUAACCUGAAGCCAUCUUGCUGUGGCAUCAGCCAUUCCUUCCUGCUGUGACCGGCUGGAGGGAUUGCAGGCCCCCCAUCCCAUGGCUCUGAUCGAGAUGCACUGCUCCUGGGACUCCUUCCCACUCUGUUGUUAAGACACAGCCUAAGUGUCUUUGUUGGGCACAGUGACAAUAAAGCCUCUCUGAGGCCAUUCCCUCCUCGGGU